AUGAACUUGCCUAUUCCUCCGGCCCCUCCUUGCCCACGGAUUCCUCCUUUCUGCCCUUGCUUCCCCUCCUUUCCCCCCCUUGCUUCCCCUCCUUUCCCCCACUCCUUCCCCUCCUUUCCCCCCCUUGCUUCCCCUCCUUUCCCCCACUCCUUCCCCAUCCUUUCCCCCACUGCAUCCCUCCUCCCCCCCCCCGUGCUUCCCCUGCUUUCCCGCACUGCUUCCCCUCCUUUCCUCCCCUCCUUCCCCCCGUUUCCCCCACUGCCUCCACACCUUUCCUCCACUGCUACACCUGCUUUCCCCCGCUGCUUCCCCUCCUUUCCCCCACUGCUUCCCCUCCUUUCCCCUGCUGCUUCCCCACCUUUCCCCCACUGCUUCGCCUCCUUUACCCCACUCCUUCCCCUCCUUUCCCCCCCUUGCUUCCCCUCCUUUCCCCCACUCCUUCCCCAUCCUUUCCCCCACUGCAUCCCUCCUUCCCCCCCCCGUGCUUCCCCUGCUUUCCCGCACUGCUUCCCCUCCUUUCCUCCCCUCCUUCCCCCCGUUUCCCCCCCUGCCUCCACACCACUGCCUCCACUGCUACACCUUUCCCUCCAAACGUUGUCCUCAGUUGCCACAUUGGAGCUGUCGGACGCACAGGGGAGUGAUGGCAGGGGGAGAUGA